GCACGACGCGAAUCACGCACGGUCACGCCGCACGAUGGGGAUCUUCACCGCCCCCGAGACCCCCGGGGAGAUGUUCAUCCGCUUCGACACGGACAAGAGCGGAACCCUGGAGGUGGACGAGGUGAAAUUCGGUCUCGCGGAGAUGGGGGCGCUUCGCAAGACGACCGCGGGCGAGGCCGCGACGAUCUGCCGCGAGGCGUUCGCGGACAAACCCGAGGGCUCCGGUCUGGACAUGGACGAGUUCAAGCUCCUUCUCGCGAAAGUGGAGAUGAUCGGGGGCACCCCGGGGAAGAAGAAGAAGGAAGCGAUCAAAGAGGUCGAGGUGCCGUACGGGUACAAAUCCUGGGACGGCUCGCUUCCGACCAAGUCCGCCUUCAUGGGAUUCGCCGGCAGCAACGGCUCGCUGUCGUUGGACGAGUGGAACGAGAUGAUGACCGCGAGCAAACUGGUGGACGACGUCGUGGACGAGAUGACGACCGGCAUCAUAUUCGCCCGGGCGUGCAAGAAGGGCAAGCGGAUGUUGAAUUGGAAAGACGGGACGUUUCUCAACGCCCUCGCCGCGCUCGCGACGGAACACAAGGUCGGGUGGGCCUCCGUCGCCGAUCGCGUCGCGGACUCCGCGCCGUUAGGGUCCCCCGAGCUCAAGUCAAAAUCGAGAGACACCGAGGCGGCGAAGAUGCGCGAACAGAGGAGACAAGAGGCGUUGGACGCGAAACUGAUGGAGGCGUUCAGUCGUUACGACGUCGACGGCAACGGGACGCUGGAUCUCCAGGAGAUGGGCGCCGCGCUCGCGGACAUGGGCGCGAUGCAGAACGUGGACGUGCGCUCUGUUCGUAACUUGUUCAAAGAGUUCGACGCGGACGAGAGCGGGGACAUCGACUUUGGCGAGUUCAAAUCUCUUUGCGGCAGGGUGGAGGAGAUCAAGAAGAAACGCGCGAAAGCCGCGGCAGAGAGCGGCGGCGACGUCGGCGACGCGACGGUUCCCCCCGGGUUCGCGUCCACGCCGUUCGCGAUCGCGCUCAAGAAGACGUUCGACUCGUUCGUGGAGGCGGAUCAGACCGGGGUCGCGUCCGCGGCGUGGGCGGAGCUCCUGAAAGAGACCCGGGUGUUGUUCAAACGCGACCGCACGUUUGACGAGGAGGGCGCGGAGCUGAUCUUCAACAAGGCUUUCGGUCCCACGUUCCACGACACGGUGAAGACGCUGAAGUGGGACGACGGCACGUUCUUCAGCGCCGUCGCCGCCGUCGCGACGGAGCUGAAGGUGACGUUUGACCUCGUCGCCGGGAAGAUCGCGCGGUACGGCCCCUUCCGCGCCGCGCGGUCGGGCGGCGGAUACGAAUGCGUCGCCCUCGUCUCCGGCGGGAAAGACAGCGUCUUCGCCGCGAUGAUGGCGCAGUCGCACGGGCACCGGAUCGUCGCGAUGGCGAAUCUGUACCCCGCGAAUAACGGCGUCGAGGAGCUCGACUCGCACUGCUUCCAGACCGUCGGGCAUCGCUGCGUCGCUUCGUACGGCGCGCUCACGGGGCUGCCGUUGUUUCGAAGGAAAAUCCGCGGCGCGUCCGUGAACACGGACAUGGCGUACGACGUCCACGGCGCCGUGGACGGGGGCGUCGACGAGGUCGAGGACCUCCGCGCGUUGCUCGCGGGGGUCGUGAGGGCGAUGCCGAACGUCAAGGCGGUCUGCUCCGGCGCAAUCUUGAGCGAUUACCAGCGCCUGCGCAUGGAAGCCGUCUGCGCGGAUCUCGGUCUCGUGUCGCUGUCGUACCUUUGGCGGCAGCCGCAGUCGUCCCUCCUCGAGCGGAUGUGCGACUCGAACGUCGAAGCCGUGCUCAUCAAGACCGCGGCGAUGGGUCUGCAGCCGACGCGCGACCUCGGAAAGACGAUCAAAGAGAUGCUGCCGACGCUGUACGAGAUCGAGAAGAAGUACGGCUCGCACUGCGCGGGCGAAGGCGGCGAGUUCGAGACGCUCGCGCUCGAUUGCCCGUUGUUCACGCGCGGGCGGCUGCACAUCGCGCCGAACGAGCAGAGCUUGCUGACGAGCGCGCCGGAGGUCAUCAUCACGUCGGAGGAUACGCUCGCGCCCGCGGGGCACCUCGCGAUCGUGCAGCACGCCGUCGAGGUAAAGCAGGGGAUGGACUGGAUGGUGGAAGGUAAGGUUGUCGAGGUUGACACCGACGCGCCGCCGCCGCGAAGAGUCGGCGUGAGCCACGAAGAAGCCGCCGUCGCCGCGGCCGCCGCGGACGUCUUGCUCAGCGAGGUGGACGUGCGCGAGACCUGGGGCAUCACGAAUCGCUCGAUAUCCGCGCGCGUCGUGGUGAUGAACGAAGAAGCGAGAAACACCCCGGCGGCGGCGGCGGCGAGCGCGGAGGCCUUACUUCUCGCCGUCCAAACGCGGCUGCGGAGGUGCAAGGAAAGACUCGACUGGUCCGCGGUCGCGUUCGUGCACUUAUACGUGAACAACAUGGACUACUUCUCGAGCGUGAACGCGGCGUACGCGCGCGUCGUGCCCUCGUGCAAACCCCCCGCGAGGGCGUGCGUGGAGCUCCCGCUCCCCGAGGGCGUCGUCGUCGCGUUGGACGUCCACGUCUCCGUCGCGGACCCCGCGCCGUCGAGGUCGCUGCACGUGCAAGGCAUCUCGUGCUGGGCGCCGCCGUGCAUCGGGCCGUACGGUCAGGCUGUAUCCGCGCACGGUCUCACGUACCUCGCCGGAUGCAUCGGGAUGGAGCCCGCGACGUUGAACGUCGUCGACGCCGCGUCGGAGGCGCGGCGGUCGUGGCGGACCGCCGCCGCCGUCGCGCGCGUGAUGGGGUCGCCGCUGUGGCGCGAUUGCCUCUGCACCACGGUGUACGUCUCCGUGGUCGGCGGCGACGACGCGAUGACGUCCACGAUGCGGGCGUUCGAGGAGGUAUUAGCCGGCGCGAAGUGGCAGGACGACGUCGACGUGCCGGGGGGGGAUUUGCACGUCGCCGCGGGCGUGCCGGCGGGGAGGCGACGCGACGACUCGAGCGCGGACGACGAGGAAGGCGACGACGGACGCGGCGAUGUGCGCGGCGGCGAUGAAGGAGAAGACGAUCACGAAGAAGUCGCGUCCGCGUCCAAGGCUGUCGGCGGCGACGGCAGCGCCGCCGCCGCCGCGUCGUCGUGGCCGUGGGAGUGGCGGCCGCUCGUCACCGCGGUCGUCGUCCCGAAACUCCCGAAGGACGCGUCGUGCGAGGUGCAGCCCGUGUUACUCGACGGCGACGGUCCGAACUUCUCGACGAGGUACCAGAAACUCGUGGACCCGUGGGACGGCGACGUCGACCAAUCCCGCGCGGAGAUCGUGAUGGAGUCGCACGACGUCGGGUUCUGCCGCUGCGUCUCGCUGUCGCGCGAGGGCCGGUUCUGCCGCGCGACGGCGGCGACGCCGUCCGACGCGGACGCCACGAUCGCGCUCAAGUCCAUCGUCAUGUGCGUCGCGAUCGCCCUGGACGAGGUCGAGGACGUCAGAUGGCGCCACGUGUGCAUGAUCAAGUGCUACGCCACGACGGAGUGGCUGGAGGCGUUCGGCGAGCGCGAGGACCGCGACGGGGCGGCGGCGUUGGCGGACGCGCUCGACGCGUUGAUCAGGAACAGCGCGCUGAGUUACGGGAAAGGCGUGAACCCGUUCGGGGUUCGGGUCGUCGUCGUUCCCGUCGUGCGCGCGAGCUUCGAUUCCGUGACGGACGCGGGGAUGGUCCUCGAGCUCUCCGCGAUCGUCGGCGGCGGGGAUCUGUAG